GUUUGCUGGAGUCCUGUGGUUCGGCACCCUGCCCUACGCUUGGCGCAGUCGCCCUGCUGAGGCAGCUCCUAACGCCCAGUGCGGUAGGAAUCCGUGGAGACGUCCCACAUCCUGAGAGUCUCUGUGGAAGCUGAAAUCCAUCACUGUCCUUCAAAAUGCAAUGGAAUGUACCACGGACUAUGUCUCGGCUGGCACUCAGGACAUUCUUGGAAGCACAGAAAGCCAGGCUGUUUGAUCACCAUCGGAGCACAAAAGGACUGUUACUUGUGCAUAGAGGUGAAUACAGAGUGGCUUGGACACCGCACCUUCGAAAGCAGUGGCUUCAUUUAUCUGCUGUUCAGUGCCUUGCAAAGCAAAGGAAUCUGUUAGAUGCUCAGCCACCCCAACGGGGGGCCCUUCCCCAAGGACGAUGGGAGCAGGAUAUUUUAUCCAAGAGGGUUUUAUCUUCCAGUUCCACAAGCCAGGAAACUCCGUCAGAAAAAAAGGAAGAACCAGAUCCUUUACAAGACAAAUCUAUUAGUCUGUAUCAACGAUUUAAGAAAACAUUUAGGCAGUAUGGAAAAGUUUUAAUUCCUGUGCAUCUAAUAACGUCCGGGAUUUGGUUUGGGACAUUUUACUAUGCAUCUAUAAAAGGAGUGAAUGUCAUCCCUUUCCUAGAGUUCCUUGGGUUACCUGACAGUGUAGUAGACAUCCUGAAAAACUCCCAAAGUGGGAAUGCACUGACGGCCUACGCCAUGUUUAAGAUCGCCACGCCUGCCCGCUACACUGUGACCCUAGGAGGAACCUCCUUCACUGUGAAGUAUCUGCGAAGUCAUGGCUACAUGUCGACCCCGCCGCCUGUCAAGGAGUAUCUGCAGGGCAGAAUGGAAGAGACGAAGGAGCUCAUCUCAGAGAAAAUGGAGGAGACGAAGGAUAGACUCACUGAAAAGUUACAGGAAACCAAAGAAAAAGUUUCUUUUAAGAAAAAAGUGGAAUAAGGGUGCCUUAUUACAGAAAAUCCUACACUUUAACCCUCUGUAGACUCUGGGCAAAGACCAUGUUUCUGAUUUUUUUUUUCCUCUUUUUUGGUUGCCUGCCUAAAUGUAUUCAUUCUCUGAGGGUUGGGUUAAAGAACAAAGAUAGUUUUUUUUUUUAAGUUAUGUAACAGUAGGGGGGGUCAAUGUUUUUCAAAAUGAAGAAAUGAACCCAGCACAAAUUUUAUAUGAGUUGCAGCAAUAAGCAGUAGUUAAUGUCCUAGAAAUCAGAGUGCUUUUUCCGUGUCCUCAGAGUCCAAUUUGCUUCAUGUUCUCUGACAUCUGCAGUAAGUGUGUGCUGGUCAGUCCACUCCUAAAGGAAAAGUCACUAAGUGUGCACAGUUCUGUGGGAAUGAACUUACACCAUUCAAACUGUGGAUAAAGAGACUAGAGAAGUUCCCUACCAGUUACCAUGUAGAUCUCAUUUCAAGAAGCUCGUGUACAGAAUCAGUCUUCUAUUUAUAAAUAAGAUGUAUUGGCUAUGUAAUGAAAUUGCUCUUUUACAGUGAUUUUUAACUGAAGCAUAUCACCUUCACACUCAGUCUUGACGAUGCUUGGUGAACGGUCACACGGACGAUCAAACAUUCUUGUAACCUGUCUUCUCCAACUAAUCUUUAGAGAAAAGUGAGUUUUACACCCGUUAUUAUUGCAACCACAUACAUCAGCAAGUCAGGUUCACUACUCUUAACUACAUCAAGCUUUGAAAGACUCCUGCUGAUUUUGGUCGGAGCAAAUAUCUGUAACAGUGUGGAAGAGGAAGAGGUGGACGCUUGUGGGUGAUGUUGUGGACCACAGGCAGGCAGAGCAUCCGUGUGGUUCAUGGUUUCCGAGAUCUCUCCUGCUGCUGCCUCAGCCCCUUUGGGAUUUCAGCCUUUUAUCCCUGGUCAAAAAAAGAGGCCUGUCUGGCAUGGGUACCAUUGGUGUUGUGGCCUCUAUUGGAAGGGGAAAUUAUUGCUUAAAUAUUCUGCUUGAUUUUUUUAAUGGCAAAAAGUUCUCCUUGUAAGCAUUCAGUGGCUGUCAGGCAAGCCCUAUGACUGUGGGGUCUUUCUGUUUGUGUGUCCCUCCUUCAGGUCUACCCCUUGAUUUGACACUGGAGCAAGAAGUGCCUCUUGGAGAGCAUUGGCUUUGACCUCCCAUCAGAACUUCAGAGAUCUUGCCACAUUGCUAUACCAUUCAGUGCCUGCUUCACAUCAGCUUAUGUCAAAUGCUUGAUUUAGCCAAAUUUAGGAGAUGGGGGAAUAACUGCACACUUGAGACACCCAGUCAUUACAUUGAAACUGUUUAAGUAAAAAUGCUGUGGUUGAAGUCUUUCUGGGUGGGAAGAAUUACAGAGGGGAAUUGGUUCUGUUCUCUGUUCCUUUGUUUGCUGGCAGCACGGUUAAGCUGUAGCAGUGGGCUCACUGAACUCUGCCUCAGACUGGUGGCACACUUUCAAAUACAGUAUAACGUGGCAGCACGUUGGAGCAUGCUUAUUAAAUAGUAAAUACUAAAUGCUGGUGUGCUAACAUUUCCUCCCUUUAAGCCACCAAGAAUGCUGUGCUAACAUGGGGUAUUAUAUAGAAUUCUUUCCCUGAGAACCUUUUGUCUGUCGUAGUGCAUAAUUGGAGAGCCCUUGAGACAUUACUAAUAAUCAUAAGGCUGCAACUUUCUUGUCCUGAGUAGAUAUCUUCUGCCUGGUCCAUCGGAGUCUUAUCUCCAACCAGUUUUACAUCUGGGUCCUGUGUACCCAGUUAGAGAAAAUGAGGAAAUGCUUGUGUGUGCUUUUAAAUCCAAUGAAAAUAUUUCUAAAGCUCUCAGUUGUUACAUUGUUACAUUGUUUCGAUUCGGCAUCAGUUACGUUGUAAAUGCUGUUGCCACUGUAUUAUCUUUAAGGCAAGACACAGCUUAUAGGCAACACUGUAAUGUGUUGAUAGCAGAAAACAGUAACAUCAAAAUGUAUAAUGUAUAUAGAUUUUUAUAUGCUGAACUGCAUUUUACUUAAAGUGGAUCUUGCAUUUCGCUGAGCUGCAAGGGAACCCAGGCAGCUCCAUGCCUGGCGAGCACAUCCAUCCUUUGGAAAGAUACGCUCACGUCAUAAAUGGAGCUGUGACUGAGAUGUUUUAAAUAUGAACAGAAAGCAUUUGCCUAGCAAAGUAAGUUCAAACGAAGGCCUAGAGUGUUAAAGAAUAAAGAGUAAAACCAGCCUUUUAGAAUAUCACAUCAUUAUUGAGAGCCUUUUGUACAAAGCAGGGUGCUGAUCCAUUUCACCAAAGGAAAAGGGGAUGUGCUGCCUCCCACAGUGAAAUAAUAAAAGUAAGCCUUGCAAUAGACCCCGAGUUCUCCAUUGUAAACCUGCCUCCAUCUUCUCCCUCACAGAGGAAGAGCCAUGGCCUGUAUGCUCAGGGGGGUGAGCUGCUUAGUUCCUUGUUUCUGUGGUCUUAGACCGUGGUUCUAGGAAUUAUAGACGUCUUUAUAGUCUGGGCAGAAGAGGUGUUUGAGGAAAAGGAAGCUAUGUUUUAGACACCUUGAGUUUCUUUUCCUGUUCUUUAAGUCUUCAGGAUUUCGUAACUGCCUCAGAGGGAAAGCAGACUCUUGCAGAUGACAGCAUCAGUGAGGCAGCUAAAAGGGACUUUACAAAUCGGAUGGGGAAAUGAGAGUUCACCUUUUCUAGUCUUUUCAAAGUAGAGAAGGUUUUUGCAGUAUACACACACAUUUUUUAAUUACUAAAUAGAACUUGUUAUAGAGUUAAAGGAAUAAUUUUCCUGGCAGCUACAGUUCAUUUGCUAGUAUAUCGCUUUAGAUUUUCAAAACUGAGUCUCCAUGUGACCUAAAGUAGGGUAAAUGUGAAUGGUGAAAGUUCUCCGUGACCUAUUUAAGUGCCCUUCCUGCACGCCAUUUAGUUGUUGGCAUUAAGAACUCGCUGUUUAGCUGACUUAAGCAGGGGCAUGGCGCCUGAGUCACACAGGCCUUGUCCUCGUGCCUGAUUAGCACACGAGCCUGUGGUGAGGGUUGUGUGGGUCCCUGAGUUGGAAAUUUGCAGAACGGGCAGGGGAAGCAGUAAGAAGGGUGUCACUAACUCUUCAAACAGUAACCAUGCUUGGUCUCCAUUGGCCCAUGUGGAUGGCGUUUGCCAAUUUUGAAUUGAGAAGGGUAUCCAUUAACAAAGAGAAAAGGAAGGAACGAAAGAAAAGUCACAUACCCGAAGGAUAGCGAAAUCUGGACCUCAUGUCUUUCCUGAUGACUGGAAUGAUCUCAGGUCUCUUCUUUCCCAGAAUCCCUCUUUCAUCACGAAUUUUAGCAUGGCCUUUUAAAGAGAACAUUCUCUUAAACUCAGCUUCUCAAAGGUGAAUGCUGAGUUAGGCUCACUGAGCUGAUUUUUCCCACUAUGUUUUGGGUUUUUUUUUUUUUCCUUCCCUUUGUGUCUUCUGUGUCCUUUGUUCAUUCUAACCAGUCAAAACAAGUGGAUACUCUCCUGUGUCUCCAGGAUUGAGCUUUGAAAAUUAAGCUGUAUUCUUCCCUAUACCUCGUUGAUCGUCAUCUACAAUAAUUACAGACCCUGAGUAUCCCGUAACAGUUAUUGGUUAUUUCGGUAAGAAUGAACCCCUUAGCAGGAAGAAUGUACCCUGAUUGUAGAACCCUGAGGGCAGAGUGGGACACGGAUUGUUCUGAGGAUUCGCUUGAAUGGCCUCGGUAGGAAACAGAUAUCGGUCUCAGAAUGUGGCUUCUUAGGGAGGUGCAUCACUGCCGUUUCCUCUGAGAACUCAGUCUAAAGAACAAACUGGGAGAUGAGAGGAUGGCCCACUACCACAGCGUUGCCUCUCUUUCCUCCUCUUGCCCACCUCCCUUUGUCCAGCCUUUUCUGUCUUGAACUUUGCUUGAUUUAAAUGUUAGCAAACAAUCCCUGAACUGAGGAGGACAUGUUCAGGGUGUGUCCCGGGAAGGUCACUUUUUGUCAUAUUUUGACCAUUCCAUAAGGAUGUUCCACAAAGUAACAGCAUCUCUGUCCAAUUAAAUGUUUGCUCUUAAUCCUGGGUUUGAUUUUAUGAAGGGUAACAACGUGUUUACAUGAGCAUAGGUUAGCUCUGGCCUUGUUUGCACCUCUGAGUAUUAGAUUGAAGAUGCUAUAACAUGUGUUUUUACUCAUCUGAAUUCAUAUUUCCCUAGGACUCUUACUAUGGUGACCAGCUUGUCUCACAGUUGGUUUAUUUCUCUCACACAAAGGGAGCUGGGUGUCCUUACCUGCUCAGUAUCCUGGCGAUGGCAGUGUAGAGUCGUAAGGCUCUGUGACCCAGGACCUCAGUAAGCAUGUGUGUUCUGUUUCCUUGGAGAGGCAGAGGCAGGUUCUCGCAGACACACAGCACGUACUCUGUACCCCUUCUGACCAGUAACCAACAGGUAUGCAUUAGGCCAAAGUAAAAAGUGUUGUCAGGAGGAAAACAGAACAAGUGUGUGCAGCAAAGCAUCUAUAGCAGUCACUGCCUCAGCAGAUGUGUCCCUUGUGUCGAGGGAACAGCAUCCACAAGACCUGUACCUAGAAGACUUGGCUGAUGUGCCCAUCGUACCUUCAGUUCGGAUAGCAAGAAUGAUGGGACCUCAUUGGUUAGCAGCUGUCACUUCCUGUGGACACUGAGGAUAGGGUAGGCUGCUGCUGCCACUGCUGCCCUAAGGGCCCCUUGUCUUUAGCUCUGCUUGACUGAAAGAAUUACACAUGCAUGUAAAUCAAAGUUCGGAACUACCUCCAGCCAGGAACGCUAGUUAUCUGAGGCGAGCUCUUGAACCAUCUAAAGCCUGCUGAGCCCAAGGUCCGAGUGUUCUUUGUUGUAUGGUGGAAGUAUUUACAAAACCAAGCCACCCCAGAACACCGUGCCAAAGAUGCUGUGCAAAUCGCUGUCUCAACUUACCUCAGGGUAGACAUUCUCAGCACAUGGGGACCAAGCUGGGCUGGUAGUCCCUGGAAAAGUGAGGUGGCAGAGUUGUGAUUGGGUUUCCAGCCACACUUGCUGUCUGUCCACGUGGUUGUUUUAUACUCACAAAUGGUUGACAGCUGAAGAAAUGCUAGGUGAGAACACUAUCUGACAGGCUAAAUUACAGGAGCCGCUGAACAUAACAGUUCCUGCAGUGUUGAACGAUUUUAAAGGAGUUCUUAAGGCCCUUGGGGUAUGUAGUGUAGUUAUCACUGGUACAGUCCCAUCAUCAGAACCAGCUUUUGCUCUUAAUUUUUUUGGAAGUAAGUAAAGCAGAGGAGAUGAAAUUUGCAUUCAUGAGGCAAAAGUCUUGACAGAAAUACAACAUUUGAAACUGACUUUCCAAAUACAAGGGCUUUACUUUGGGGUCUGAUGUUUGAAAGUGUGUGUUUUAAUUAGAAUCUAUGUAAGCCAAACAGAUCGAGACAUUAUAGUGAGGAAAAUGUAAUGUGUUUUAAGUAAUGUAAUUUAAGUAAUAUGUGUUAAGUAAUGGGUUCUUAUAAACUGUUAAUGUAAGUUUACCACCAAGAGACAGAAUGACUGUUUUCAAAGGCCAGUGUGAGCUGCUGUCUGAAAGGUCUUUGCUUUCUGUACCAUGCCUUACCGGAGGUCUUCAGAGCUUGCUAGGUCCUCAGCCAGGGGCCUGGGCAGAAGAUAGUCCCACAAAGCCUCUCCAUUUGAACUGGAGUCUCAGCCUCCUGCUCUGGGGCUCAGCCUUCUUGUUGUGUCAAAAUCUAUUACUCAUCAGUGCCUCUUGGCAUCCUCUUGCUUUUCCUGAAGCAACUGAGAACAUGGGUUGGAUUUUUUUUUAAUUUGAGAGGAACUCAAAUCUGUCAAUACUGAAGAGUCAGUGCAGUGGCACAGGGAGGGGGAGCCUGACACCUGCCAUCCCUGCUCACACCACACCAGUGUUAGCUUUGGGAGAUCUGGAAACAGUGUCUCCAACAAGCUGCUGAACUGAGAAUUUCUCUGAGAGCAUAGUGUGGUUUUACUGGUGACUAAAGAUGAGAGGCCCUAUAUUUGCUUGUGACGUUUUAUAAACCCCUCACCAAAAUAACCUCACUUUUAAUCUAAGCAUCUGAGGACUAGAAUUUGGGCCCAGCCACUAUUCCAGAAUUUACAGAAAUGGAAAAGGCAUUCUAUUACCAUGCUAAGUCACUUUGUCCUAUUGUGUGGUAUGUCGUGUGUGUCCUCGUGUCAUCUGAAUCCAUACACUUACGUGUAGCACACGUCACUACUCUCCUCUCAGUGUCGGUCACAGCACAUCUGAAAGCCUCCGCCAUCAAGGACUAGUAAACAUUUGUUGACAGGCCUACUUAGCUUGCUGUGUGACAGCCAUCUAAAGCCCCUAUGGGGUCGAUGUUCUCAGGAACCAAUUCUGAAUGUCCUAUGUUAGAACUCUCGAUUGAGAACCUGUGAUCUAUCCGGGUUUCUAACACACUAGAAAGUCCUUUUUUAAAAAAAUCAGUGACAGACCAGUAAGAAAGGGACUAAAGGCAUUCACUGCCAAGAAUGCUCUUGGAACUCACGUAGUAGUCAGAGAGACAUGACAGGAGCAGGUUGUCCUCACCACACAUGAGCUGUGACACAUGACAAAUAUUUUAAAGUCAGUAACUAGGGACGGAUCAGCAGUAUCCUUUGGGUUGGUGUGUAGCCAAGAGCUCUCCCUCCAGCACCACAAACAACAGGUAUUUUCCAAGACUGGUCAUACACAUACAUCAGUCUUCUAUUUGUUGACUAUGAGAAGUGAACAAACAACCCCAGGGAACAGAUCAUUUAUCACUGAUUAUUUUUAAUGAUUUUGUGCUAUGAUUUAACCAUGGCAUUAAGAACAAGCAGAAAACCUGAUUUCAUAGCUAACAAAUAGCACUUGUGCAACAUCUCCCAUCAAAAAGUAUUGCAAUUACAGACCUGAGGUCUAAACCACAUUGCCGCCUGGGCAAAAGGUGCAGGUGGAUGGCGGUUGUGAAUCGCUUCCCGUAUAUAAGCAGGAAUUAUGUUAAAGAGUGAGCAUGUGGUUGUUUAAACACAAAGGACUCCCGACUUCUGAUCAUCAUAGCUCACAGAGAUCGGAAGGUUCAAAUACAGUUGUAUUUUUUUAGUAGAUUGCUUUAUAAUAAAAAUUAAAUGAACUAAAAUGCUGUGGAUACUGUUGUAUAUAUUUUAAAACAACUUUAAACUCAACAAGGAUAUGAAUUGAAAUUGGGUUCUAGAAAGGCAAGCACAUCAGACAGGACCAGCAUCGUUGAGAGGGAUGCUCGGUCAGAGCUGGGUCUGCAGGAAAGAAUCUGGUUGGUCACACAUCUGAGUCCAGGACAUUCUGACAAUCACUAGAGUGCCCAUUUUCUGACUGACUGAGCCUCAGGUCUUGAUGCUGGGACCCUCGGGGUGUGCCCUGCAGUAGACAGAGACGUGACCUUGAAUUCGGCUGAGACAUAGGAAGGUACCCACUGUCACAUCUGCUCCCCUCUGUAAGGAGGUAUUAAAGGGCCGAGUCAGCAUUAAGAGUCGCACAUUAAGCAUAACUGGUACUAGCUUGAAGCUUUUAUCCUCUUUGUUUUCCUGAUUGGGAGAAAAUUCUGUUUCUGACUUUCGAUAUCAGAGCACAUAAUCACGGGACAAAGAAAAGCCUGGAAUUACUCAAAUGAUCAACUGAUGACAUAGCUGGGUUAGCUAGGACAGGCAAGAUUCAAUGGAUUGCCUUUCUGGAUAGCGCUUAGUAUCCAUGGACACCAAGGCUUCUUUGCUUUAAAGAGAAAAUAAAAAGACAAAAAUGCCAAAGCUACAAUUGGAUACUAAAGACUAAGCCGGAAGAGAGAAAUAUGACUUGACAUGCAGCUUAACACGUAACCUGGUAAUUAAACCUAAUUGUCUUAGGGCUCAGGACUACCACAGAACACAAUGGGAAUCAGAUUCUAGACUCAGCUGACUGACAGUUCUCUAAUGACAACUUAAAACAUUUUCCCUACCCCAAUCAUCUUCCCCAAUGGAUCUUUUCUCUGAGACACUCCUAUAAAUUCCAGACCGUUCAUUGGCGCCAUAGCUUCCAUUUAUAAGACAAGGCACUGAGAAACAGGGGACACAAUGGUCACAAGUGCCCUGAGGCUGAAUAGCCUCGGCUACAGGUUACUCACUUUCCUGACACCAUGUGUGUCAUCAAAGAUUUGCACAUCCCACUGAGGCCUGACACUGAUAACUACAUGGAGAGAAAAGGCUCGCGCAUAGAGCAAGCUCAAAAGCAACUCCCCCCCCCCCAUGGCUAAAAUAGAACCAAACUGGUUAACUAUUUCUAAAGGGAUUAAAAUAAAAAUAUCUUAGAAAUUGCCAAAGUAUUUUCAGAGCAAAGGUGCAACUUAAUUCCUAUGUAUAUGCUGGUCGUAAACGGCUGCUUUCUUGUUCAGACUUCAUCCCAUGGUGUUAAUAUGGUAUUUAAUAGGAAAAUAAACUACAUAGAUUUUUAUCUGUAUGUAAUCAUUUGCAAGUUUCCUUACAAAAGAUGGAAUACAUAGGCAUUCACAAAUUCUAUGCCAUUUCUGUUAAAACUGGUAUCUAUACAGUAUAUUACAGUAUUAAUUUGUUCUACCCAUUGGGUAGAGUAUGUGCAUAUGUUCAAUGUAUAUACAGCACCUUACAAAUAAAAGCAGUUGAAGAAGCACCAUUUCAAGUGA